AAAGGAGUAACUAGAAUCAAGGCUUUACACAAUUGCAACUUGAAGUAUAAAGAGAUUGAUUAUCCUUCAAACUGGAAGGGGAAACUCACUAGUAAUACUCCAUCUUUCAUUACCACCGCCCUCUUAAUUUCUUCCAUAGACAGAACAGAAGAUAUGUGCACAUUAGAGAAGAGAGGCAACAUCUUCUUCCUAACCUUAACCGGCACUGAUGAACACCGUUUAAACCCCAACCUUAUCGACUCCAUCAGAGCCGCUCUCCACACUGUCCGGUCUGAAGUUACUUCCUCUUCUUCUUCAGCUCUGAUUACCACAGCCCAAGGCAAAUUCUUCUCCAAUGGUUACGAUCUUAAAUGGGCCUUAGUGGACAAGGGCGCCAGGCUACAACUCAUAUCCAAAAAGUUCCGUUCUCUCGUUUCCGACCUAAUCAACUUGCCUGUCCCCACAAUCGCUGCUAUCACUGGACACGCAUCUGCUGCUGGGUUCGUCUUUGCGUUGUGUCAUGAUUACAUUAUGAUGCGUAAAGAUCGAGGUUUUCUAUACAUGAGUGAUCUCGAUAUUGGGUUUCAGAUACCUAUUUGGUUUUCGCCUUUGUUGAAGUGCAAAGUGGGGUCGCCUGCCGUUUGGCGUGAGGUGGUGUUGAAAGCGACUAAGUUGACGGGUGACAUGGCAGUUGAAAGGGGUAUCGUGGAUUCGGCUUAUGAUGGAGUGGAAGAGACAGUGGAGGCAGCUGUAAAGUUGGGUGAAGAAUUGGUGAGAAGAAAGUGGGAUGGGAAAGUGUAUGCUGGUUGUAGGAAAACACUGUAUGUGGAGUUAUUAAAUAAGCUUGGUACUGAUGAGACUGUGGGAGAUUAUGGGGACGACGAGCCAAACAAGAAGACACUGUCAAAGCUGUGACCGAUGUUACUAUGUACUAUCAGUAUGUUACCGAAUUUGAAUGUGUAAUACUAUGAAAAUAUUGUAUGUUCCCUGAAUUAACAUGUCCAUCAUUGUAUCUGUAAAUCAUGAAUAAACCAAAUGCAGGAAAUAAAAGGAGUAUUGAGUUUGAG